AUGAGUGCGCUUGAUUCCGUUAUCCAAGACGACCUAAAGGACGAUCUGGGUGCUUUCGGCCUCAAAGCUAGCAAUGAUGAAUGCCUCUCCCUAUUGGUUGCCAACUCCAGCUUUCCAGAGAAAAAAGCGGGCCGAAUAAUAUGUUCAUAUUCAUCUCGCUUGAACAUUUCUGUCUCGCAAACACAAGAUUCUCAGUAUUGUCGUAUCGAGCCUGCGGCCCGAAAGGAAUACACUUGGGAUUUGGAGGAAAUCAGGUCUUCCUCGAGUUCAGCUUCGGUCGAUCGUUUCAUGUACCAACGACCGCUAGCUAAGUCUGAAGUACUGGACACAUGGUGCUGGAAACAAGUAAAACGUAUUCUGGCGGCCAUCACAUCUGGUUCGGCCGCUCGUAGUGCCUCGCAAGGCGUCGAGACCGAAGGUACCUCUGUGGCUAGUCAGGAGUGCUCGGACACUAAUACAAACGGCCCGUUGCCACCAAAGACCAACAAACAGAUGUUACGUCCUGCAAACGCUCGUCUUCAAACUCCUAGUUUCGUUGCUGGCCGAGUAGCUGCUUGCCCCACCUCAAACAUGGAUGAGACACAACCCUCGUCUGUACGCUUGCACCCCAGCAAUGCCUGCCUGAUUGGUGCGAGGAGAGCCGGUGGGGGCGAGUUCUCCAGCGCCAUGCUCGAACUUAGUUCGUCGGCCAACUUGGCCAGUUUCUCAUUAUACCCCGGGCAACCAGUAGUUCUCAGGGCUACUAAUCCCACUGGUCGAUCGCUCACGGUGUUUGAUGUCUUUCCGACCCCUUUUCUUCCUCUUGCCAGUUAUGAUAAGACGGCUUUUGAGCAUGAUCUUCAUGUGUCGAUUGCUUGUGGACCGUUCACCACCAAUUCCUCCCAUGAACCCACUCCACUGCUGGCCCUCUUGCAAGAUAUAAAGGCAAAUCGACCAAAUGUGCUCAUCCUAAUAGGACCUCUUGUCGACAGUGCGCAUCCUAACCUUGCUGUACGUUCAUUCACCUGCGCACGUAUAUUACUGUUUUUUUUAGAAAGUUGUGCUCGGUUAUUUACACUUUCUACCUCUUGUGCGGCUUAC